CAAUUCAACUAGCACAAUUGUUUAUUAAUCAAAACAUAACAUAAAAACAGCUGAGAGAGAGACUUGAAGAAAAGGGAAAGAACAGAUAGCUUAUUAAUGCUUAUUCCUGGGUUGGUAAUGAAUUCAUUAAUAUUCCGUACUUUUGAAAUUAUAAUUAUGUGCCCAUUAGAUUUGCGGGGAAAAAAUAACGACUUCUCUGAGAUAGCAGAGGUGGAGAAGUUAAAUAUCUUAACAAUUCGUUCCAAAGAUUGACAAAAGGGAAAUCAGUCAGACGACACACACACGCAUAAAAUCUCCCAAUCAAUGAAUUUUAAUAGAGGAACAUUUUGAUGUUUGUCAGGCUGUUUUGUCCGCUCUUUAACUCGUAAUCGCAGCCAUUAACAAAGGAUCAUCGGUGCACAGAGCCCGAAACAAACGACAGCAUCGAGCUCCAUCUCUCUAAAAUGUAAAUAAAGGCCAUCUGCUCCGAUAUGUAAACAACAGAUUGGCUCCUCCUAUCCGGGUGUCGCUGACGUCUUGGCCCCUCCCACCAACAUAACUGCCCCGCUGCUCCUAUUGGUCCACAGACUGGCGCCCCGCCCACGCCACGGCUAGCUUCUCGACUCCUAACGGACGUCGGACCGCCCACCGGAGCGAGCACAAAAACAAUCGGCAUCCCUCAUCCAGAACAUCACAAACAGCAGGAUUUCACCCGGGUUUUAUCUCACAAACCGUUUGUUGUUGUUUUUUUUUAGCAGACGGACGGACACCAGCGAGGGGAGACAUGGUUUCUCCGGUGACAGUGGUCAAGAGUGAAGGCCCGAAGCUGGUGCCAUUCUUCAAGGCAACCUGCGUGUACUUCGUCCUGUGGCUGCCCACCUCCAGCCCGUCCUGGUUCAGCGCCCUGAUCAAAUGUCUGCCCAUCUUCUGCCUGUGGGUGUUUUUACUGGCGCACGGCUUCAGCUUCCUAGGCGCUCACUCCAGCGCCCGCAAGAUCUUGGCCGGCCUCAUCUUCUCCGCUCUGGGCGAUGCCUUUCUCAUCUGGCAGGAGCAGGGCUACUUCGUGCACGGCCUCCUGAUGUUCGCCAUCACCCACAUCCUCUACUCGUCAGCCUUCGGGAUGAAACCUAUUAACGUGUCUGCUGGCCUGAUAAUUGCUGCUGUGUCCUCCGUGAGUUACCUGCUGCUGUACCCCUACCUGUCGGGCCCGUUCACCUACCUGGUUGCCGUCUACAUCGGUCUGAUCGGCUUCAUGGGCUGGAGGGCCGUGGCCGGCCUGCAGCUGGCCAACGACCUGUGGACCUGGACCAAGCUGUCGGCCUGCCUGGGCGCUGUGCUCUUCAUGGUCUCCGACCUCACCAUCGCCGUCAACAAGUUCUGCUUCCCCGUCCCACACUCUCGCGCCAUCAUCAUGGCCACCUACUACGCGGCCCAGAUGCUAAUAGCGCUGUCGGCCGUCGAGUGCCAGGACGUGGAGGUCGCCAGGAAGAGGUCAUGAGGUACUCCGGCCCUGAGUGAUCAUGGACACAUCUCACUGCCAGAUCCCCCUAAACCCUCGACCCUCAUCUCAGUGUGGCGCUCCCACACCGUUGUUACAAUGACGGCUGGUCCACUACAGUCUCCACUAGUAUGGUCGUCUCACACCGGUCUUCCUCCCACGAAGACACGGUAGUAUUAUCCUCGAUCCUACCUGCCUCCUCCAAUCCUAGAACGUCUGUCUCUCAACCCUAGUUACCGUGGAGACAGGUGUAGUAAUAUUAACCUGCUAUAUAUAGAGAGUAUUACUUUAACGUUUAACUGUUUUAAUUUAAGGGGAGCACGUCACUGGGGACCUUCAAGGAGUGUGUGUGGGAGAGCGAUUGUGUCUGCGCGCAUUUACACGUGUGUGUUUGAUUUUUACACUCUUACCUCCACACAGUCACCACACUGACUCCCGCCACACACAGCUACGUGGUCCAAUGAUAAUUACAAUUUCACAUCUUAUUUUUUUUGUUUUGUUUGCCUGAGACGUUGUUCAAAAGGGAUUUUUUUUUCCUGUGCAUGUUUGAUGCUUUCCAUCCUCCGUUCACUCCGUGUUCCCCUGAAUCAAGGGUGCUAUUCUUAAAGUCAGGAGCAUAUCCACACCUGCUCUAUCACCGCCAGUCCUUUUCCAUUUCAUUUAACCGCACUACCUUUGUUCCCCUCCGCUGUUCAAAAUCCUCAACAAAUCCACACCCACUCUCAAACCAACGAGUGAAUUAGGUCGUCCUUGAUGUACACAGAAAGAACGACAGAGACAUUAACCAAAAAAAAAAAAAAAAGAAAUAAUAAGGCAAUGAGGUGGUGAGGAGGGAACGUUGCGUGACUGCAACAACCGCAGCGUAUUGUAGUUUUAGAGACUGAGCACUUUAGGAGGAGGGGAGGCUGUUUGUGGGAGCGCGAUCCUUCCUGCUGAGAUUUUAUUGACACAGUCCUGCUGCCGCAAAGAAAGCAAAGAAACAUUCUGACACGCUGCACCGAGCACCUGCUUUCUCCGGUUUUUUUUCUUCUCCGAGUUAAGUCUUCCAGGCGUUUAACAGCGAUGAAAUGUAGGUUUGCAAAAAAGUCGACACGUUCUCACACACCCGACACCUACAACCUCCUGCUGGGUUAGUUAUUAGGAAAAGUCCACGGGGUACUUAUUGCUGGACUGGAUCAGCUGACUCAUGCUGUCACUGGCGUGGGACCAUGUAAUGAAGACCGAAAAGAAAGGGCUACGUGAACUGGCUGGAAUCUUCUUUUGUUUGUUUGUUUAUUAACUGUGUGUGUGUGUGUGUGUGUGUGUGUCGACGCCUCAGAAGGCAUCCAGUCACUCAUACACACACAAACACACACACAUCACCCCGAGGCAAUCUGACCGAAGAGAAGCGAAAAAAAAAAAAAAUAGAAAAGAAGGGAAAUGAGAGAACUGGCUUGUCAUGUGAGGGAACAGUAAUCCCAUUAUUCCCAAUAAUUCCUUCUCACAGCGCACUUCAUCAGCUCUAAUCCCACAAAAUCCACCGCAGCUAAUCCCCGACAGGUUGGCUGAUAUUUUGUCUUUCAUCUAUCACACGUUUCCCCCUCCCUCCAUCUCACCUCUCGUUUGUUUCUCAGUGAAGUGUCUUACUGAAUAUCGAAGACAUCUCUCUUACAUGUGCAUGUUUUGAGCGUGUGUGUGAGAAUGUGUGUGUGUGUGUGUGUGUGUGUGUGUGUGUGUGUGUCGUCUUGUGUACCUGUGACCAGUCAGAACCAACUCAAGGCCAGAAAUGCUGUGAAUCAUCAUAGUGGAGUAGAAACACUACCGAGUAUCUUUAAUGUAUUCUCACAAGGCUCUUAAACUGUCUUCAUACCUUUCAGCUUUUUGUCGCCUCUGUUUUUUUAUAGCAGCAUCCCCUGAAUGUGUUAAAUGUCAGUUAAAGAUGAGUUUAAAGUAUUUGAUCGGGUACAGGAUCUUCAAACCGGGUCACGUCCGUUCUUUUAGGUUUAAUUUGACCCAGACAGUGGUGGACAUGCCCUCUCCUGACCACACCUCCACGAUUAAAACCACUAAACUUAAAUCUUAAAAAUGUUAAAGUGUUGAAUAGUCCAGCUCCUGAAAUUUGCUGGGUUUUUUUUUUUUAUUUGUGACAUUUGGGGGGUUUUCAAAUGUUGCUCUGACGAAAGAAGCACUUUGAAGAAAUCAGCUGAUGUUUGGAGAAACUACGAUAAAGCACUCGGGAUCGCUUGAUGACCAUUGUUUUCUCAGUUGUCUGACAUUUUAUAGACUUAACGUUAGUCGCAGCCUCGAGUAUUGAUCACUAAAGCAAAAGCAAACUGACAUGUUCGGUGUGAUGUAAUCUAUAUAUAUUAUAGAAAUAUAUCAUGCUGUAUAUCAAACAAACUAACAGGGAGGAGAAACUGACCCGUGUUUUGGGUUCCUUCUGCCAGGUCAGUGACCCCUGCAGCUGUUCUCAACACACCAACAUACGCACAAGACAAACCCGCACACUCAUCAAAACGUGUUUACGCGUUGGCGCCGUGAUAGAUCUGCGGGCAGAACGUGAUGUUGACACUCGCUCGAGGUUUUCUGAAACAUCACGCAGUCUUAAGUUUGACCAGGAAAGGCUCUCGGGCCCGGCACCUGCUCCCGACUGCCAGAUAGUUCCUCAGUCUCCUUUCGGCUCGUCAGCAGCAUAUUUCUGCUUUUGCCGGUCCGAAGUGUUUCAUCAGUCGUCUGUGUGUGACCACUGGUCUUCUGUUCCCUGUUUUUAAUUUGACCUCUGCGCGCUGCUGCGUGACUUUAGAAAGACGGAGGCUCGUCAGCGUGCGUUCCUCUUCUUCUGCUGUCCUAAAAAUGAGGGUUUAGUCGUUCAGAGUCUGAGUUGAGAUGCUGGUUAACGCGAUCGACUCUAGUGCGCAGUCUGAAGUAAAGUCACGAGGGAACGACGAGAGGGAGUCAAGCCGACUUACUCAUCCUCGCUGUGUGGGCACUUUAUGUAAGCGCUACUUUCUUUGUCUUGUGCCACAUAAAGCCUGCUGACUUUUGUUCCUACAGUGCUGAUGGCUUCCUGCCAGAAGACAGGCUUUACUUUGAAGUAUUUCUGAGAUUAUUCCUGUUGGCCAACCCACGCUCUGGAAAAUCUCCAUGACUUUGGUAUCAAGAAAUAAGCUCAAAUACCGUAUUUAGUGAGUAAGUUGUCGGUUAUUAUGCCUAUCUGGAGCAUUUAGUUUUUAACCGCUCGCUCUGGUUCUCAUCCAUCGCUUCAGUUUGUAUCUGACUCGGGCUCAGAUAAGCGUGAUAUAAAACCGGAGUGGUUUCAUUGAGUGGAACCUGUUAGAACGACAGCACCCUCGUGUCUCAAACAGCCUUUUGUUCUGGAGGAGACAGAGGUUUCCCCCCCUCGUUGGUGUUGGAGAGCAUCUGGCCUUCCACUCCGGAAGGAGGUUAUUGUUGAGCGAUACUGUAGCUGGAAUUAGGUGAAGAGGUGAAAUAUGACACACGGGGGGGAGACUCCCUUUACAUCCGGCCCUCCUCUUACAGAUGGCAGGCCAGCAGGCGCAUCGCUUUACCUCGGCCUGUCAACAGCCCUGUUGUUCUGAGCUUUGUGCAUGCAGACAAAAGGGACCUGAGCGCUGUGGGAGGAUGGUGUGGUUUGGCCCGAGCCGUGAGUAUUGAGCUGGAACCAGCAGCUGCUGCAGCACGGAGGACCUGUGGUUUCACUCUGAUGAAGUUGGCACUUUUUUCUCUCCCUUUUUUUUUUUUUUUUUUUUUUUUUUCCCCCUUGUGCUCUUUAAUUUGAACCUGAAUGAAGGAGGGUAAUGUGCUGUGCUGUUAUCGCGCAGAGACACUCAAAACACACGGCUGUUAAAGGUGCAGUAUGUAAGAAUUGGUCGCUCUCGAAAAAGAAAAAGGGGGGCGGAGUUACUGCUAACUGCUGCCGACUGUAGCUGCCAUUAGCAAGGUACUCGGUUAGCUGCGCAGCUAGCGGUGCGGGCUGCGAACACGGUGCACAGGUGGAGUGUUCAGCAGGAGCGCUGUGGCUAGCUGGUUAGCAUGCCGACUUCAAAACUGUCAUUUCUUCACCCUCUGAUCACUAUAAUUCACUUCUCAACCACUUAUUUUUGUUUUUACAUAUUGCACCUUAAAGUUUGUGUAUCUUUUCCCGAGCAUGACAAGUAGAUGAAUCCUCCACAGCGGUGGAAGAGUUCACACUACUGGACAAUUGUGUAAAAAAAAAUAAAAAAUAAAAAUAAUAGUACAAAUCUUCGUCACUUUGUAAUAUGAAUGAAUCUUCUGUGUGCUGCAGUUUUCUGUACCCAGGUUAAGGCCAGUCAGUCUCUCUAUCAAACCAGAAACUACAGCGUUUAAAACAAAAGGAUCGUCGUGUACUGUAUUCUUUAAACUAUUCUUCUUCCCUUUUCCUUCAACUCGUCGUGUUUUCUUUCUUUGAGGGAGAAAAACAGAAGUUCCUGUUCUGAAAGACUGAAGUGUGAGAGAAUCGGCAUUUUUUUCCUUUUUUUGUUUUUGCUCUUGAAGUGUUACAAACCUUUAUGUAUAAAUCCUUUUACUUUUAAAAAAAAAAAACAAGUGUUAUCCUUUUAUUUUGAGAAAAGCAACCCUCAAAUGUAUUUCUUGCCUGUCAGUGUGGAAAAAGCUGGUUUUGUUUUCCACAAAUAUUUUAUUUUUCAUCUUUAUUUCAGGCCCAUCAUUUGAAUUUUAUGAACAAAUGUUUUUUUUUAAAUUUCUUCUGUGAUAUACUUUACCUUGUUGUCCCUGAUUUUAACUUAGUGAGUCAUUUCAUUCAUGACUGUAGAGACGAAAUAGUUUCUUUGCUGUAGUGAAACUGCUCUGAAUGUGAAUAUCUAUUGGAGAAAUAAAUGCAAGUACAAUGCAACUUCA